AUAGAAUUUUGAUACACAACUUGUGACUAUGUUUAGUAUUAAAACUUAGCUUUUUUUUUUUACCAAGCUUAUUUUAAUUUGAUUAAAACAUAAUUUCAUGUUUAAAUCCUUUAUGUUUAAUAUCUUAAAAUUAAACUUAUUAUAAAAAAAUUUAAGUAAUAUCAAAAGAUUUGAAUCAUAUUUUUUUUCUACAACUACCACAAUAUGUGUGCUUUAAAGUGGGACACUGUUAAAACAAUAGAUGAAAAUGAAGAAGUUGAAGACAUGUCUUCAGAUUCUGACAUAGAAGUUGAGUACCAACCAAAAAAACAUAAAACAAAAGGAGAUUCUCAUUUUGAUGAUGAAUUCAAAUUUCUAUCAGCUCCUUCUGAUUAUAAUCAUGAUACGUGGGAUGAUUUGCAAAAAUAUAUUAAGCGAAACAAUAUUACUAAUAAAACCGAUGAAAAAAUUGAGAAAUCUCGUAGAUAUGUCAAGUCUUUUUUGCCUGAUGUUACUUCAGAAGAACAUGAAGAGUACAAUAUUGAAUCUGAUGGAGAUUCAUUAUCUGAAGAUGAAUUAAAAAAAGAUGGUCUUAGAGACAGACAAAAAUUAGUUGGUAAAAAAAACAAAAAAAGAAAGUUAGAAACAAGUGAAGAUAAAAAUGAAAUUGCAAUUGAAGAUGAUGGAACUUUCUUUGAAGAUGCUCCACCAUAUGAAGAAAAUGCUUCUUUUUAUCAAAUGAAUAUAUCUAGACCAUUAAUGAAAGCUAUUAGCGUAUUGAAUUAUGUUCAUCCAACACCAAUUCAAGCAGCAGCAAUCCCUGUCGGUUUAUUAGGGAGAGAUAUUUGUGGUUGUGCUGCUACUGGUACAGGUAAAACAGCAGCAUACAUGUUACCAAUAUUGGAACGACUUCUUUAUAGACCUAAAGGAUUUACUCCUAUUACUAGAGUACUUGUUUUAGUACCAACUAGAGAACUUGGUGUUCAAGUAUACCAAGUGACUAAACAAUUGGCUCAGUUUACAACAGUUGAAGUUGGUCUCUCUGUUGGAGGUUUAGAGCUAAAAGUUCAAGAAUCUAUUUUGCGAAAAAAUCCAGAUAUUGUUAUAGCUACACCAGGUCGUUUGUUAGAUCAUUUACAAAAUACACCUUCAUUUUCAUUGUCAGAUUUAGAAGUAUUAGUAUUAGAUGAAGCUGAUAGAAUGUUAGAUGAAAAUUUUGCUGACCAAAUGAAAGAAAUUAUCAAUAUGUGUGCCCAAACAAGACAAACAAUGUUGUUUUCUGCAACUAUGACAGAUGCAGUCAAUGAUCUUGCUUCUGUAUCAUUAAAUAAACCAGUAAAAAUAUUUGUAGAUAACAAUACAGAUGUUGCAUUUAAUUUAAGGCAAGAGUUUGUAAGAUUACGACAAGGAAAAGAACAAGACCGCGAUGCAACAUUAGCUGCAUUGGUUUGCCGAACAUUCAGAGAUCACACUAUGAUAUUUGUUCGAACCAAAGCAGAUGCACAUAGGGUUAAAAUUCUUUUGGGGCUCUUUGGAUUGAAGGUUGGUGAGCUUCAUGGAAAUUUAUCUCAACCUCAAAGAUUAGAAGCUUUACGAAAAUUUAAAGAUGAAGAAAUUGAUUUACUCAUUGCUACUGAUGUUGCUGCUCGUGGUCUAGACAUUCGAGGAGUUAAAGCUGUUAUAAAUUAUACAAUGCCACCUACAGUAGAGCAUUAUAUUCAUCGUGUUGGUAGGACAGCCAGAGCAGGCCGAUCAGGUGUAUCAGUUUCUAUAGCUAGUGAAAUUGACAGGAAAGUUUUAAAGGAAAUAAUUAAAAAGGCUAAAAAUCCAGUAAAACAUCGUGUUAUUCCAAUUGAAAUUUUAGAUAAAUAUAAAGAUCGAGUUGAUUCACUUCGCAAUGAAGUUAAAUGUAUUAUGCAUGAAGAGUAUGAAGAACGUCAAAUAAACCGAACAGAAGUUUUGGCUGAAAAAACUGAAAAAAUGGCUCAAACAAGCAUAAGCAACUUAGUAAAAAAAAAGGAAGAAAAUAAAAGAGAAUGGUUCCAAUCUCAAAAAGAUCGUCAAGCAGCUAACAAACGAGCCAGAGAAGCAUUUUCUGCUAAAAUUGAAAAAAAUAUUAAAAAGAAAAAUAAGGAAGGUGAUCUAAAUGAUAUUGAAGAAAUUGAAAGUGCUAAGAAGUUACAAAAAGUUGCUAAUAUACAAGCUAGAAGUGCAAAAAAUAAAAUGAAACCUAAAAAAAUGAAAGCUGUACCUGAUGCUGGACAAAAUAAAUUUAAUUCAAAAUCAAAAAAUGCUAGCAAACAAAAAAGCAAUUCUGUUUUUGAUUCUCAGUUUACUGAUGUUAGCAAGUCUGGUGCUAAGAAAUAUCGUUAUGAGGCUAAUCAAGCAAAAAGAAAGCUGUCAUCAAAAGGACAUCAAACAUUUAAAAAAGAAAAAUCAUUUGUUAAGAAACGAAAGACUAAAUUUUAAAUAGCUUGUAAAUGUAUUGGUUUUUUAUUAUUAAACAAUUUAUUAUUUAUAA